AUGGCAGACUUCCCCAUCCCGGGCACCUCCCACGCCGCAGAGCUAGACGCCAGCAGACGCCUAGCAGGGCCCAUCCACGCCGAGCGCCAUGUCCGCAUCAUCUGCGUCGGCGCGGGCGCCUCCGGCCUCCUGAUGGCCUACAAGCUCCAGAAGCACUUCAGCAACUUCGCGCUGACAGUGUACGAGAAGAACCCAGAGGUGUCGGGCACGUGGUACGAGAACAACUACCCAGGCUGCGCCUGCGACGUCCCCUCGCACAACUACACGUGGAGCUUCGAGCCCAAGCUGGACUGGUCGGCCGUCUACCCGCCCGCCAAGGAGAUCUUUGAGUACUUUGACGGGUUCGCCAACAAGUACGGCCUCAAGCAGUUCAUCAAGACGAGCCACCAGGUCGUGGGCGCUUACUGGAACGACACCCGCGGGGGGUACGAUGUCAAGGUGAAGGAUGUUGCUACGGGGAAUAUCGUCGAUGAUGAGUGUGAUAUACUCAUCAAUGCGAGUGGUAUUCUCAACAACUGGAGGUAUCCUGCUAUCCCUGGCCUUGACAAGUUCAAGGGCACUUUGCUUCACACUGCAAACUGGGAUGACUCAGUCUUGCUCGAGGGCAAGACUGUUGGUCUGAUCGGAAAUGGUUCAUCAGGUAUCCAAGUUCUCCCCGCAAUCCGUGAGAAGUGCAAAAGAGUCAUCAACUUCAUCCGCGAACCCACAUACGUGUCACCCGUCCAGGGCCUGGAGCAGCACAAGUUCUCCGCCGACGAGCUGGACAAGUUCGCCAACGAGAAGGGGACGCUCACCACUUACCGCAAGGGAAUUGAGUCGGGCCUCAACGGCCAGUUCGGCAUCUUCCUCAAAAACACCCAGGUCAACCAGGACACACGCGCCUACAUGCUGCAACAGAUGAAGGAGAAGCUAAGCAACGAGUACCUCGAGAGUAAGUUGAUCCCCGACUGGAGCCUGGGCUGCCGCAGGUUGAGUCCCGGUGUCAACUACCUCGAGUCCCUCACCAAGCCCAACGUCGACGUCAUCUAUGGCGAGAUCAACGCCAUCACCGAGAAGGGCUGUCUGUGCGACAACGGCCAGGAGGUUGAGCUCGACAUCCUCAUCUGUGCCACAGGCUUCGACACCACAUUCAAGCCCCGGUUCCCCGUGGUCAACCCCUCGGGAGCGAACCUGCAGGACAAGUGGGCCACAGAGCCAGAAUCGUACAUGGGCGUCGCCGCCUCAGACUUCCCCAACUACCUCAUCUUCCUGGGGCCCAACUGCCCCAUCGGCAAUGGCCCCGUGCUCUGCGCCAUCGAGGCCCAGGCGGACUGGAUGUGCAAGGUCAUCGACCGCUUCCAGACCACCAACAUCUCGCAAUUCGCACCCAAAGAGGACGCGGUACGAGACUUCGUCCAGUACAAGGACUGGUUCAUGAAGGGCACGGUCUGGAACGACCCCUGCCGCUCGUGGUACAAGGGCGGCCGGGACGGAAACAAGGUGCUCGCCCUGUGGCCCGGCUCAGCGCUGCACUACCUCGAGAUGAUGAAGGACGUGCGCUUCGACGACCUGGACAUCAAGUACGCCGGCAACCGCUUCAGCUUCAUGGGCAACGGCUACAGCCAGACGGAGCUGGACGACACGGCCGACUGGGGGUACUACAUCAGGGAGUACGACGACGACGCGCCCCUAACGACGGGCGGCAGGCGGAAGCUCCUCACCAAGAGCGGCACGGUGGCAGGGCGGAAGCUCGUCACCUUCACACACAGGGAGGAUGAGGGCGAGGGGCCGAUCCAGGCCAAGAUAUAG